AUGUCCUCAUCACUCUCCGGUAAAGUCGCUCUGAUCAGCGGGUCUUCGUCGGGAUUAGGCGCCGCCAUCGCACGCGAGCUGUUUAGCCGAGGGGCGUCGGUGGUGAUCAAUUAUCCCAACGCCAGCGAGAAAGCCAAUGCAGAGAAGGUCCUCGAGGAACUCAAUGCAAAAGGAAGAGCAGUCGCUGUAGAAGCCGACCUGUCAACGCCUGAGGGGCCGCAGACCCUUGCUGACGCGGCGGCCAAGGCCUUUGGCCAGAUUGACAUCCUGGUCAACAGCGCCGGCAUCAACCGCCCUGUACCUCUUGACGAUCCUGAUGAUGAGAAGGUCAACAAGACGUGGCAUGACGUCUUCAACCUCAACGCGAGGGGAACGUUUUUCCUUACCCGUGCCGUUCUCAAGCAUCUGUCACGCAAGAACUCGCGCAUCAUCAACAUUGGCAGCUCUAUUUCCCGCUGCCCCGCCCCAGAUUCGAGCAUCUAUGCGGGCACCAAGGGCGUCGUUGAGGUCUACACCCGGUGCUGGGCGACAGAGCUGCCCCGUAAAUACGGAUGCACUGUCAACGCCUUCGGCCCGGGCCCCAUUGGGACAGACGCAUUCAACGCGGCACCCAGCUUUGUGAGGGAGGCGUUGCAGCCCGUGAUCGAUGCCACGCCUGUAGCUCCUCGUGUCGGUACACCUGAGGAGGUUGCUUGGGCGGUUGCGACUCUUUCUGAAGACAAGGCGAGCUGGAUUAACGGGGCGUUUAUACCCAUCAGCGGAGGAAGCGGUGUGUUUUAG